CAGCUAGUACGACCAGCAUUAUGAGAAUAAACGAGGACACGCUGUUGGAAGGAAAACGUGUUGUGCUGGUGCCUUACAAUGUAGACCAUGUUCCCAGGUAUCACAUGUGGAUGAGUUCUUCCGAACUACAGAAGCUGACAGCCUCCGAGCCGCUCACUUUGGAGCAAGAGUACGACAUGCAGAGGAGCUGGAGAGAGGAUGAUGACAAGUGCACCUUCAUUAUCCUGGACAAGCAGCGCUGGGCAGACCCAGAAGUGCAGGAACAGGAGUGCAUGGUGGGAGAUGUCAACAUUUUCCUUACUGAUCCCAGUGACCCAUCUGUAGCUGAGUUGGAGAUCAUGAUUGCAGAACCCAACUACAGAGGCAAGGGGCUUGGCAAGGAGGUGAUUCGGGUGAUGAUGUGUUAUGGGGUCACCAAACUCGGAGUCAAAAAAUUUGAAGCCAAGAUUGGAUUGGACAACAAAGUCAGCAUUGCCUUGUUCAAGAAAUUUCAUUUUCAAGAGUGCUCAGUCAGCGAGGUUUUCCAAGAGAUGACACUGGAGUUGACAGUGGACGAGUCACUGCGGAAGUGGCUGCUGGAAGACAUGAGCUACGUGCAGGAGAAGGAGUAUCAGAAGGCUCGGGACAGCAGACAGAGAGCAAGCCAGCCCCAGACUCAGUGAACAGCUGAGAUGCCCGCAGGUUCUUCUCAGGACUAGGAACCUUCACCAGGUUCUCAAUAUGAUUUAGAGCCAGUGGGUGAAAGUUUCUGUUCCCUCAAGCCAGCUACCACUGAAUGAGUGAGCACUGUUUUUUAUAUUUCUUAUAUAUGGCCACAUUGUCAUAUUAAGAUCCAGGUUUAGGAGAUCAGUUUGGAAGUGCUUAGGGGAGUGGGGAUACAGUGAAAUGUAUUAACUGUCAAUACCAGCCGUCCUGUCUUGAACCAAAACCCUCACGAUCCCCUCAGACAGUGGUACAACCUUACCCCAAGAGUAACUGGAGCGGAGGCCCAUAUCAACCAUCCAAGCUCUGGCUCUUACUGUAAACAUGUGUUGGCUAAGUGUUGUGGAAGCACAUUUAAUUGUAAUCCCUGGAGUAUAUUCUGUUGUGGCCUCAGUAAUAUUUAUACACCAGGUGUAUGUGUCAGAAGCCCUGCAAAUGGACAACUGCAAAACCAUAAGGGCCUUUGCCUUGCUCUUAUCUGAGCUCCACAGUAAAGUGAUAUAUUGCUGUCUUGUUUGAAGUACUCCCCAAAAAUUAAACACAUGAAUUUAA